UCGAGACAUUUUUUUUAUUUUCCUAUUUCUGUAAUUUAUGCUAACGGUAAAUCUGCCUCAAUCUCCAUCGAUGAAUUCGCUAUUCGGGGGACCCAGCGCAUCGAAUCCAACUGUCGCAGGAGCCCCGGCGCAUAAGGAUCGGAAAAUGGCAACGGCCGAGCAUUUAGUUAUCGAUCUCAGCAAUCCUGAUCUCCGGGAGAACGCUCUUCUCGAACUAUCGAAGAAGAGAGAACUAUUUCAAGAUUUGGCUCCAUUGUUGUGGAAUUCUUUUGGUACUAUUGCUGCACUUUUACAGGAGACAGUCUCAAUUUACCCUGUUCUCUCACCACCAAAUCUGACUCCAGCUCAGUCAAAUCGAGUUUGUAAUGCUCUUGCUCUACUUCAGUGUGUGGCUUCUCAUCCGGACACAAGGAUGUUAUUCCUAAAUGCUCAUAUGCCCUUGUAUCUGUAUCCUUUCCUUAAUACAACAAGUAAAUCAAGGCCUUUUGAGUAUUUGAGGCUUACUAGCUUAGGUGUGAUUGGUGCCUUGGUGAAGGUUGAUGAUACAGAAGUUAUCAGCUUCCUUCUUUCAACUGAGAUAAUCCCACUAUGUCUGCGCACAAUGGAGAUGGGCAGUGAACUAUCAAAAACAGUUGCCACUUUUAUAGUUCAGAAGAUUCUACUGGAUGAUGUUGGCUUGGACUAUAUUUGCACUACUGCAGAGCGGUUUUUUGCAGUUGGUCGAGUUCUAGGAAAUAUGGUUGCAGCACUUGCUGAGCAACCCUCUUCACGACUGUUAAAACAUAUUAUUCGAUGUUAUCUUCGAUUGUCAGAUAACCCAAGGGCUGGCGAUGCGUUAAGAAGUUGCCUUCCGGAUAUGUUACGAGAUGCCUCCUUUAGUAGUUGCCUUCGUGAAGAUCAAACCACUAGGAGGUGGCUGCAGCAGUUGCUUCACAAUGUUGGGGUGAGUCGGGUACCAACUCUUCAGGCCGGUGCAGGAUUUGAUCACAUGCUGGUUAACUGAACAAUCAUACAAAAUUCUUUCCAUCAUUCGAAGCUGGUUUUAGCCGGCAUGGCCGUGGAAGCAUCACUCGUGGUUUUAUCUAACUAGUAUUAUUGUUAGUAUUGGUAUUUUAUAUUAAACAGUAGUUGUAAUUAGUGAUUUGCUGUUUGCUGUUUGCCCUUAGAAGGGAAUGCAGUAGUAGGAGGCGCAAAAUGGGUGUAAGGUGUAGGGGAUCAAUGCCUGGUCAGACCAUUCUCAGUGUUGAAUCUGAAAUUGUGUACAGUUGUGUAGCUAUUUUUCAUGUGUAAUGAAAUUAUGAUAAUGUCGUCCA